AAUUGGAAGAGGGUGAACUGCAAACAACGCAGAUAGGCGCACUUAGCGUGGCUUUUCUAGCUCCCAAUUUCGUGACGGUGCAUUGUGGUGGCCUUUACGAGGCUGCCUUCGUCUUCCGUGGCGUUGUGCUUUGAAAGACAUCAGCUGAGUCGAAGUUUGUCAAGAUCGACAACGUCUGAAAGCACCGCAUCUGGCAGGGAAGGGGCGCUAACUUGAGAGCAAGAGUUCGACCAAACUCGUGCAUUCUGCCCUUCUUGACUGCUAGCGUUGAGUCUUGACGUCAAGUUCUGGAGGAAAGCAAUAGCCCUUGGGAUGUUAAUUGCUGAUUGCUGAUUAUUUCAUCACCAGCGCAUGCUCUGUGGAGAGCUCUUUGGACACCAUGCGCGGAGAAGGUCAGACACUGUGAUCAACUUAGACUUCACCGCUUGAUAGGAUCAGUAAGCUCAGCAGAGGGCGUCAUGGCUUACUCAAAUGUGGCGCUGAUGGUUGCAAUAGCAGUAGCCUUCUUCCCAGCGCUGGGGAGCGGACAAGCUGACGCGCAGAGUCUUCCUGGACUGAGGAGCUUCCGAAGUGGAUUGGGGACAGGAUAUCAUCAGAAUGAAGCUGCAUUUGCAGCUGAGAGAGAAGGCGGUGCAGCGAGAACUAGGGACUCACUUCAUUCGGCGAGAUAUAGCAUAACUGGAGUCUUUCAGAGAAAGGCAAUCCUUUUGGAUGAACUGCUGGAUUAUAGCAGCUGGACAAUUUGUCCAGACAGCGAGUUCCUGUCCGCUGACAUCAUGCACACGUCAAGAAUUGAAAGCACCCUCCUUCUGACCAAUGGAACAUAUAAAAGCCAGAUUGCUGAGCUCAGGCGGGAUGUCAUCCACGGGCGUCACUGCUUGCGCUCCACGCUCAACGCUUACAGCCAAUCUGAAAAGAAGUACGCCAAUCUGAUGGAGAAGUACGAAUCGCUCCGGAGCGAGAAGGAGAAGGUCGAGAAACAGUUGCGCGAGAAUCAGAGUAGGCGUGUGGAGAGGGUCCUUCUCUGGACAGUGAUCAUCUGUGGAGUAGCCUACUUUCUUGCGCGGACCAAGCUUGGAGCUGUGCUCACUUUUUUGAGCAAAGCGACAGGACAUAGCCAGCCUCAGCAUCGGCCACUAACUUCAGAACAAGCGAGUCGCCACUUGGACCUACUCUGGGGAGAGAACAACGACAAGUACCCUGGCUCCGGGGCCCUGUUCGUGGAGAGCCAAUCAGACCCAAGCCAGUUCUACCUGCUGGUCCCCGUCAACCUCAGCGCAGGGAGGCCUUUCGCGCUCUUCGGAACGGGAGGCGACUACGAAUCGGACUUGGAAAAAGCGAAGGCUUAUGUGGCCGGACGGAGUAGGGGCCGGCUCUCCAUCAUUCUCUAUAAGCACGGGGGCAGCCUGUUCGAGGCCCAAGAACUGAAGCGGGUCGAGUGGGUGCACGGAAGCAUCUUCUCCGUGGUCGGGAGGACCACCGGGGUCAAGUUGCUACUAUUAGUAGCGCACGAAAGGCUCUCGGGUUAUUGUCCGGCAGUUUGGGAUAGCGCGGGCGACUCGGAAUGGGUGACUGACCUUCUUACGCGAGAAGCAUGGGGCAUGACCUUCUUGCGUGACCACCAAUGAUCGAGGUGACUUCCUAUAGGACAGACAGGUUUAAAGCGGCCCGGCGGUCCAUCGCGCUAGUGCUGUAUGAUAAGCCAUGGAUGAGUUCAGCCGAUGUCGAGGGCUUGACUCAGAUUGUUUCCGGCUUGGCUUCCCUGGACGUUAUUGAGCCUUAAACCGGCGAAUCCUGGUGAAAGCCAAUGGAAGUACAUUCGAUCUGCAACUCAGGAUGUAGACCGUGUCCGAGCGUGCAGAGUUCAGGCA